UUAAAUUCAGUGCAUCUAAUAAAAUAUAAACAGCUGAUAUGGCUUAAGUACCUAUCGAACCAACAGCUGCCUAAAGCACACGAGUUGGCAGCCCAGUUUAAGUCAGUGUUUAUUCGGAUCGCGAAUCAAAAACAACUUGCGAUUGGAACCGAAGUUUGAAAAGUUAGUUGUAGCUAACCAGCUUUAACCAAAUCGUAUCAAAUAAACCUGCGUCGUUUUGCUCCCGGUUUUCCCUUCUCAAAAACAAAACAACCGAACCAGCUACAGUGCACUGAAAGUCUCUAAUUGUGCAAGUGCAUGUGAUCGCGAUACGCUAAUAAAAGUCUUCGGUUCAGUGCUAAAACUAUAAAACCGCAGCUUUCGUAAUUAGCCUGAUUAAACCAGGCCAAAGCUGGUCGGAUGUCAAAGGGAUCUGAGUGAAAGUACAAGUGAAAGCCCGAUCGCCGCCAACAUUUUAGUUCUGCAAACCACUUUAUCUCCAAAGUCAUAGAAGUCGGCAUAGUCAUAGAAGGUGGCCUGGCCAAAAGCCACAAGAACCAAAGGCAGCUGGCCACGGAGACGAGGAGAGUGGCACAAUAGACAAAGUGUAUCAAUUAUAAUACGGGCACAAGGCGAAGGAUCCCCAGCCGGGGACCAAAGGAAGGGGAACCGGGGUCCAGUAGCCCAGGAGCCGAAAAGCAGGAUACCGGAGUUGGAGCUAACACAAAGAGAAAAGGAACGAGAGAGGCAACCACACUCGCAGAGCCAUGUUGGCUACGACAAGUACAACCACAAUUACCUCGGAUCCGGGCAUCCUCUGUUUUCAUCACUGCAACGUGAAAGUUUUCUGCUUCACUUUGCCGCACACUUGUCCCCAUUGCAAUGCCCCGCUGGACGCGGUUGUGGAUGCGGAUGCGGACGGGGAUGUCGAUGGGGAUGCGGAGCCGCAACUAGACAGGGCCGGGCCACGCCUCCUCCUCCUGCCCUUCCGCCUGCCAUAUCCUUUUGUGCGGGCCACGCAGCAUCCGUGCGCCAUUGUCCUGCGUCCCUCCGCCGGCGAUUUCCUCAACGAUUACAGCAACGCCACCGAUUUGCAUAUCGCAGUGACCACAUCCGGCGGCGACAUCGUGGAGUUCGAUCGCUUUGGCCUGCGCCGCCAUCGGCGGGACGAUAAUCCUCCGGAGUGGCGGCAGUCGCUUAUGGUGGGCGAUGUGCCGGAGCCGUGGCACGACUUUUGGGACGAGGUCCUGCAGCAGAUCUGCGCCCAAUCGGUGCGCUGGUCCAUCGCCAGUUAUGCGGAGGAGAGCCACAACUGUUACGCCUUCGUCCUGGCCUUCCUGCAGGCUCUCGGUCACGCCCACCUGAGCGAGGCCGCCCGCAGCAAGACCGCCUUCUGCGAGCAGUGCAUUGUUCCAAGGACGACGACAGCGGGCAAGUACAUCUCGCUGUAUCGCAAAAUCCGCAGGAGCGGCAUCUACGUCCAUCGCCAGCAGCCCAAAAACCGCAGUAAGCCAACAUCCUCAACUCCUCCAAGUUCCUACCCCUCGGACUCGUGCGAUGGCCUUGGCAGCAGAAAAAAGGUCUCAAAAAAAGGAUACUCCAGCAGCAGUAUUACAGGACUUGCCACCCGCCCGCGGCCCACGCUCUGCACCAUCGAAGAGUAAUUAAUCGAUUAGAUAGAAAUUGUGUUUGCAACUUUGCGAAGACUUCAUCGUAGUUAAGUUUAAUAAAUUGAUAACAACAAGUUUUA